AGUUCAUCCGCCUGAUCAACGAAGGUGCCAUACAGAAGGAUGUGCCCUGUGAGUAUCCACUCUUCACUGCGUCCCCUCUCUAAACAGCAGCUGGGGAGUGGGGAAGGAUCUAGCAAGUGCUGGCACUCAUCAUGCCUGCAGGAAGGCAAUCCCAGCCCCUCACGCAACCUCUCUCCCCUCUCGGCCCCUCCAGACCCCUUUGUGGUUCAGUCCAUGGCAGGCUGCAAGCUCUACCCCAACAAGACCUCUCAAGUCUUCUUCUAUGUGGGCUACAAUGGGCAGGACUUCCUCAGCUUGGACACAGACAAUGCCUCCUGGACCCUCUCCCAGGACACUGACCUGGCACGGUACGUCAGGGAUGUCCUGCAGAACUACACUUCCCUCAGUGAGCUGGUGGAGGGCAUCUUCAAGGAUACGUGUGACAAUGCCAUGGAGAUGUUCCUGAAUUAUGGCAGGGCAGCUCUGGAGAGACAAGAGCUGCCCGUGGCCACGGUCUUUGCCCGCACGCCCAGCCCACACCAGCUGCUGCUGGUUUGCCAUGUCACCGCCUUCUACCCCCGGCCCAUCAGCGUGGCCUGGCUGAGGGAUGGCCACGAGGUGCCUCCGGGCCCGCAGCUCAACACCAGCCCCGUCCUGCCCAACGCUGACCUCACCUACCAGCUCUCCAGCGUCCUGGCCGUGGCCCCCCAGGACGGGCACAGCUACGCCUGCCGCGUGCGCCACCGCAGCCUGGGCACCCGCAGCCUCCUCGUCCCCUGGGGUAGGUGCCACCCGGGGGCACGGCAAGGGGCGCCCCAGCCGCCCACCCGCUGCCAUGGAGCAAAGCCCGGCAAGCUCAUGGCAGCCCCUCCUUCUAUUGCCCAGGCAACUCACAGCUGCUGCUCAUCACAGGGCUCGUGGCCGGGCUGCUGGGAGCCGUGGCUCUUGCUGCCCUGAUGCUGCUUUGCCUCUGGAGACGCAGGUGAGUCUCCUCCUGCCCCACACAGCAGCACAGGGACAGCAGGGCAGGGGAUGCCCCAGGGCAUU